AUGCGCAUCGAACAGGGUUUCCAGCCUGCUUCAUUCGUGGAAGGACAUCCGUACACGACAGACCCUGCUCUGCCGGGCCUUCUGAAACGGCUCUUUCCUCCGACCGUUCUUCAAGAUGUCGAGGCGGAUCUUAUACACUUCGGUGAUAUCGUGGAGACUCGAAUGAGGGUUUUGAGUCAGCUUGUUGAACCCCCUCGACUGGUACAGUAUAACCAAUGGGGACAGCGCGUAGAUGAAUUGCAGACCUCCGAGGGUUGGCGCGGCCUGAAAGCAUUAUUCCAAGAAGAAGGCAUUGUAGGCAUAUUUUACGAACGGAGAAAUCGAGAAUUCAGUCGUGCACAUGGAUUCGCAAAGAUCUUGCUUGCUAUAGGCGACUCGCAAGUGGUAUGUGACAUUGCUAAUGGCCACAUCAUUCGUAACGAUGAGAAUGACACGUCCUACAUAGAUCAAUUGUCCAAUGAGCAUGACAGAUGGUUGUGCCCGGGUCAACAGCGCGCCGGAGGCUCAGACGUAUCUCUGACGGAAACACUAGCGUCUCCCGUCCCCGAAACAGCCUCCACCACGCCUAGUCACUACGGACAGAAGUACACGCUUGACAGGUUCAAAUGGUUCUCGAGCGCGACUGAUAGCAACUUUGCGCUCGCUCUAGCCCGGACGGGCUCUCAGGCAGACGGCUCCCGCGCGCUAUCGUUGUUCCUGGUCCCUCUGCGUCUCCCAAUGUUCCGCGAGCCUGGCGCUCCACGCCCGCCGUCAACAAGUAACAACGUCUUCGUCCAUCGGCUCAAAAACAAGGUUGGAACGCAGGCUCUGCCAACGGCCGAGCUGUCGCUGGAGGGCGCCGAGGGGUACCUCAUCGGCGAGCCUGGCCAGGGAGUCAAGCUCAUCACCCCUGUUCUCAACAUCACCCGCCUGCAUUCGGCGACAACGUCUGUCGGAAGUCUCCGCAGAUGCCUGGCGAUAGUGACCGCGUAUUCGAGAGUACGCGCGAUCAAGGGCGGCGCACAGCUGCUGAAGGACACGCCGUUGCAUGUAGCCGAGCUCGCAAAGGUCUCGGUGCUGUACCGCGCGCUCGUGCAUAUGUUAUUCGGCACCAUCAGCCUGCUGGGAAAGACGGAGUGUGGCGUCGCCCACGAAGAGGAGGCACUGCGGCUACGGCUCCUGACACCGGCCAUCAAGGCGUUCGCGGCCGAGAAGGCGUGCACCGCUAUGGAAGAAUGCAUGGCGGCCCUCGGAGGGGCUGGCUACAUGUCAGAGAACGAGAUUGGCAGGGCUGUCAAGAAGUCAACCGCUCUGAAGGCCUUCAUUUCCGCGGCACUAAGCGACCUCGUAGCCGUAUAUGCGGUCCCCAUGCCACCUCUAGCCCCCGCCCUGCGCUCUUCCUUUUUUGUCACGUCGCGUCGAGUUUGUGUCUUCUUGAGCACGCUAUAUGGGCAUUCAACGCACAAGAAGAAACUCGUGGCACAGAUGCGGACGUUUUUAUAA